UGGCAUGUGAAAGAACAAGGCAGGCAUGGAAGUGAAGUGUGAAAGUCAAAACUGUAAUACUAACUGAACUGAACUCAGCAGAGCUAACUAGUCUAAGAAUCUUUCUUGAAUCUCCAAUCAUUUAAGUCUUUCUCUUCCUUCUCCUUUUCUGUCUCAUGCAUACAGAUACAGGAAGCAUUUUCAUGAUUCUGUUUGCUGUUAGUUUCAGCCAUGGAUAUGCAGAAUCAAACUCCAACCCCUGCCACUGAGGAAGACAACUACGCUUCCCUUUCUAACUUGCUUCAAGAAUUCACAACUAUUCCCAAUAUUGACAAGGCUUGGCUUUUGAACUCUCAUUCAACCACAUUGCAGGGAAUGUUCUCUAUUAAUCAACCUGAUCUUGUAGCAAAUAACACCAAGAAACUCAUGCUAUCAUGCCAAAUCUUUAAAGAAUCUGAGAGUUCUGUUAACUUUCUAUGGGCUCCAUUUCCAAUAGAGAUUUCUGGAGUCUCCUUGAUUGUUCCAUCACCUUAUGGCUCUAAACUAUUGGUAAUUUGGAAUCCCAAGGAUGACGAAUCACCUUGCCGCUUUGAAAUUUGGAGUCAGUCUCGAAUGGAGAAGGAUUUCCAUAUCCCCCAAUCUCUGCAUGGCUCAAUCUACAAUGAUAGAUGGUUUGAGGGAGUCUCUUGGAACUUGGAUGAGACAUUUGUAGCUUAUGUAGCAGAAGAACCCUCUCUUUCAAAGCCAGAAUUUAGGGAUGUAGGCUACAAGAAAGGUGGUGGUUGCGCGCCAGCCGACAAGAAUUGUGGUACAUGGAAAGGCCAAGGGAACUUGGAGGAAGAUUGGGGAGAAACAUAUGCUGGAAGGAGAAGGCCUGCACUUUUUGUUAUAAACAUCAGCAGUGGAGAGGUACAAGCUGUUAAAGGAAUUGACAGAUCUUUGAGUGUUGGCCAAGUUGUGUGGGCGCCAUUCCAUGAUGGCUCGGAACAAUAUGUUGUUUUUGUUGGGUGGUCAGGUGAGAAAAGAAAGCUUGGUAUGAAGAACUGCUCUAACAGGCCUUGUGCAUUAUAUGCAGUUAGAGCACCCCAUCAUGACUCAAAAUCUAAUGAACAAGAGAUCAACUCAACUCAAGAAUGGUAUAUACUGAACCUUACUCGAACCAUAAGCAGUGCCUUCUUUCCAAGAUUCAGCCCAAAUGGAAAAUUCCUUGUGUUUUUAUCUGCGAAAAGUGCUGUGGAUUCAGGACUGCACAAUGCUACAAACUCACUACAUAGAAUUGAUUGGCCAACCCAUGGAAAACUGCACCAAUCUGCCAAACUUUAUGAUAUUAUUCCAGUUGUGACAAGCACCGAGGAAGGUUGCUUCCCCAGGCUUUAUUGUACAACUAUCCAUAAUAAUCCUUGGCUUCCUGACAACUCUACUAUGAUCAUAUCAUCUAUCUGGCACAGCAGUGAAGUUCUACUCUCAGUGAAUGUGUUGAGUGGGGAAGUUGCACAUAUCAGCCCAGCAUUUCCUAGUUUCUCUUGGAACCUUCUUACACUGGAUGGGAACAACAUCAUUGCCAUUUGCAGCAGCCCGGUUGAUGUUCCUCAAAUCAAGUACGGAACGUUCACUGAGAAAUCAAAGAAAAGUAUUCCAUGGAGUUGGUCAGAUAUAAGCAGUCCCAUGUUCAGAUGCUCCGACAAGGUUAGGUCGUCGUUGUUUUCUCUCAAGUGCAGUAUACUGAAGAUCCCAGUCAAGGAGGCUUGCCAAGGCAUAGCAAAAGGUGCUAGUAAUCCUUUUGAAGCCAUAUUUGUGUCAUCUAAAUCCAAGAAAAAUGAUCCACUGAUUGUGAUCCUUCAUGGAGGGCCACAUGAUGUCUCUUUGUCAUGCUUUUCAAAGUCUUGGGCAUUUCUAUCUUCAGUUGGAUACAGCUUGCUGAUUGUAAAUUACAGAGGUUCAUUAGGAUUUGGCGAGGAAGCAUUACAAUUAUUUAUUAUGUACGGUAGAAACUCACGUACAGUUGUCCUCGUAUAAAGUUGAUAGUUAAAAACCGUUAAAUGAUAAUUUAGUCAAACCUGUUAAAUCAUCUUGCAAUUCUCAUUUAUUAACUUUACACGAAAACAAUUGCAUGUGAGUAUUUAUCUUUAUAUAUUUAAAAAAUUAAACUUGUAUGGGGAAGGCAAGUUUGUUAUAUUUUUCUUGAUAUCUUUCUAUGAAUGGUGCAAGUGUAGGAUGUGAAUGAUGUUACCAUGGUAUAAAGAGUUUAGGAAAGAAACGAAUAAUUAUUUAGAAAAAUAUUAUUUUUGUUAUUCAUAUUUUUCAUUUGUGAUUACAAAGUUCUUACCAAUAUAUAAACCAAGAGUACGCUAAGAGUACACUCGUUAUGGAAUAAUAUUCUAAUAAAUUACAUUGAUUUUUUCUAAUCCUCUUUGAUAUUUUACUGAUUUUGUUCCCUAAUUAUGAUAUUCUAAUAAAUGGUGGCUUCUUGACAACCCACUUGAUCGGGCAGGCACCAGACAAGUUUGCGGCCGCAGCCGCUAUCAACCCUAUUUGCAACCUUGCACUCAUGGUUGGCACAAUUGACAUCCCUGAUCGGUGCUAUAUAGAGGCUUUUGGAACCAACUCCAAACAUAGCUUCACAAAGUACAUUCUCUACAACACUUAGACUC